AUGUCGCAAAAGUCCAUGACCUCGAGAAUUGCCAUUCUUGGUUCUGGAGAAGUCGGUUCCACAAUCGCCUACUCACUGAUCUUGAACCCUGUGGCUGGAGAGAUUCUGCUUGUCGAUCCUAAGGAGGAGGUUCGUGAUGCUCAGGUGCAAGAUCUUUCUGAUGCCACUUUCCAUGGCAACACGAGUACUCAAGUACGUGCUGGCACGCACAAGGAAGCUGGCCAAUGUGAUAUUGUCGUCAUCACUGCAGGAGCAGCACAGAAGAAGGAGAGCCGUACCGAUCUUGUUGGCCGUAACCUCAAGAUCCUGAGCUCGGCCAUUGAUGAUAUGAAGCCUUUCCGCGAGGACACUAUUAUUGUCCUGGUUUCCANNAACCCUGUGGAUAUCUUGACCUACUUUGCCCAAAAGUUUUCCGGACUUCCUAAGCACCAAGUCAUUGGUAGCGGUACCUUCCUCGACAGCGCACGCCUGCGUGGCAUCCUUGCUCAGAAGUGCGGUGUUGCUGCCAGCUCUAUUGACGCCUAUGUGCUGGGCGAGCACGGUGAUUCGCAAAUGGCAAGUUUGAACCAAUAUCAACUUUUCGUGCUUCUUGCUAACCGUACCAUAGNNGUCGCAUGGUCUCAUGCAUCAGUUGGCGGUGUACCGCUCGAACUUGCUCUUCCGGAUGCUUCUAUCGACAAGAAUGCUAUCGCAGAAGAUACCAAGAAAAAGGCUGCCGCCAUCAUGGAGUCUAAAGGCGCCACAGCUUAUGGUAUCGGUGGCGUGACUUCUUCCAUCUGCAAGUCUAUUCUGUUUGAUCAGUGCAACAUCAGACCCAUCAGUCACUACCAGGACGAUAUGAAUGUCUGUCUCUCGAUGCCCGUGGUUAUCGGCAGGAAGGGUAUCGUCAGACAGAUCCCAUUGAAGUUGAAUGAUAGCGAGAAGAAGGAGCUUGCACAAAGUGCCAAGAGCUUGAGAGAGAUCAUUGAUGAUGUGGAGAAGGAGCAGUCUAAGGAGUGA